AUGCCUCAGCCUCAACAGGAUGAAGAUUCCCGCCCUGGGCCUCAAGGUGUUGUCUUCGAUGAGGUGAAUAACCUAGAUGGCCAUGGACAGAGCAAAGUAGAUUCGCGCAAUUCACAUUACUAUAUGCACGAACUCUCUUUUAUUUUACACCCGGCCCAUGAUCAUCCCUCCCCUGAUCAAGCACAGCAAACGAAUACGGCCAGGUAUAUCGAGCAAGAGUCGAGUCGACUACAAAAAUUAUGUAGUACUUUGGGAGUCUCACGUGAGGUUUUAGGAUUGAUGGUCAAUGUUUAUUUCGAUAACAUGGUGGCGGUUAAUCUAUUCCGCGAGCCCUAUUUUCACCAAAAACUCUCAGAAGCGGUGCCGAUAUCGGAAACCUAUGCCCUGUUCGCAGCAAUGCUGGCCUUCGCCGCUCGGUUCUGUUCCUCGCGGAUUAAUGCUGAGUGGAACCCAGGGUUGGAGGAUGUAAAAGACAUUCAUCUUCGAUCCCAGGAUUUCUUAACUCUGGCAUUCACCCAUAUCGAUAAUGCACUUGAAGAAUACGACGAUGACCCCCCCUCUCUGGGUGUUCUCCAAGCUCUUAUAAUUGCUACGCAUUGCCAACUGACUCAAGGUGUGCGUGGGAAGGCGUGGAGAUCACUCGGGAAAUGUAUUCGACUGGCCUACGAGCUAAAUCUACAUCUGGUAGAUUCCGAUGAGGUUGGGGACAUUGCGGAUGUAGAUGCACGACGCUGGUGCUGUCAGGAAGAAAAGCGGCGUGCUUGGUGGGCGACCUGGGAGAUGGAUGUAUUUGCCAGCACCAUACGACGGACGCCUCCCGCAAUAGAUUGGUCCCAGAUGGAGACAUUACUCCCUGUCGAAGACCAAUACUGGUUCGAGGGCCGACCGCAGGUUAGCUGUUUUAUGGAUCUUGAUCCAACCUGCCGAUGGAAGCGUCUCCAUGAGUGCGGCAACCAAUCUUCCAAGGCCUGGUUCCUAGUCGUCAAUUCUUUCAUGAAGGAGGCUCAGCGAGUCUCCGCUCCUCGAAGCCUGCCAUUUCGGGAUUUACGACACAAUCAUAACCACCGGCGGCCGAACGCUGGUCAGCAGUUUUCCAGGCAGACAGGAAGUUGUGGCGAGGCAGCUCAAAGGCUCGAUACAUUGGCCAAUUCUGUUCGUUGCUUAGUGAUGGUUCUGCCGGAACAUUUGCGAUAUCACAAUCAGUUCCUUGACUUUCACGCUCGCGUACCAGGACAAAGCUCAUCAAGUCGUCAACUUCACUGCUCGAUUUACAACACGUACGUCAUGACACAACUCGCUAGGUUAAUGAUAUACAGAUCUGGUGCCUUUCGGAACCUGAACUCGAGAUCGUGGCGCGAAAAGGGCUCGAGCAAUCCAGAAAAAGACACACAUGAGCGCAAUUCCGCAUCGACCGCAGAUAACCUAGCCUUGGCUCAGUACUUUGAAGCAGCCGAUAAUAUCCUCACGAUUAUUACCCGAAGCUGUGAUAGUCAUAUUCAAUACAUCAACCCUUUUCUGUCCAGUACUAUUUGGCUCGCAUCUGCUGUCCAGAUACUCCAUAAGGAAGUUGAACGUGAUGAGGCAAGCCGCACCUUGAUCAGGUCCAAAUUUGAUGUUCUUCAUAUGACAUAUUUAAAAUGUGUCUCGUUUUGGAAUAUUCAUACGGCUUUACAGCAGAAUCUCGAGGCUCUAGAGACGGAGCUAGGAAAUAACAAUUGCUUCAAUCAUGCGAAACAAGUGCAAUCACUGAACACUGAUCCCCAUACCGGAGAGGGCUCUCAAAUGCAACCUGCGACAUGCGUUUCAAUUGAUACAAAUCAAGCGAUUUUUGGUCCUAAAUUCUCUACCGUGGAAAACAUAGCCAAUGCGGCUAUAUUACCGGAUGAAUAUCAACACCUGCCAUCACUACCAGAGACUGCUCUUUCGACACUGGCUGGUGGCGUCGAAAAGAAUGGCAGCGAGUGUAACUAUCUACAACAUUCUGAAAUACCCACGCCGGCCACGAUUCCCUACACAUUGCCUACAACAGAUCAAGCAUCUCCAUCGAGACUAGCAUAUCUAUCAAUAUUCGAUUACAUGGAUCUUCCUUAUUUUGAUGGACAGGAUCCAGCUUUCGAUACGUAUUCUACCAGGCAGCAGACAGACUACUAA